CACGCCGCACGCGGGCGCCAUUUUCGCUCGGCCACGUCCUAACUUCAUGGCAGGAGUGUCGUGUUUAGGUGCCUGUAGUGUAAUCCCAGCGAUAAUUUCACACUCGCAGUAAACGUGGUGAACGGUCAACGACGACAAGAUGCCUCUGAGGUUGGACAUCAAGCGAAAGCUGACAGCCAGGUCAGACAGAGUGAAGAGUGUGGAUCUCCAUCCGACCGAGCCAUGGAUGCUGUGCUCGCUGUAUCAGGGCAAUGUCAACAUCUGGAAUCACGAGACGCAGACCUUGGUAAAGACGUUCGAGGUCUGCGAUCUGCCAGUACGAACGGCAAAGUUUGUGCCACGCAAGAACUGGGUCAUUACUGGCUCUGACGACAUGCAAAUCAGAGUGUUCAAUUAUAAUACCUUGGAGCGUGUUCAUUCGUUCGAGGCACACAGUGAUUAUGUCAGAUGUAUAGCUGUGCAUCCAACGCAACCAUUUAUACUUACCAGUAGCGAUGAUAUGUGGAUAAAAUUAUGGAAUUGGGAAAAGUCUUGGAUCUGUCAGCAAGUAUUCGAAGGUCAUACACAUUAUGUCAUGCAGAUUGUAUUUAAUCCAAAAGACAACAAUACUUUUGCCAGUGCGUCCUUAGACAGAACUGUCAAAGUAUGGCAGCUUGGCUCGCCCACGGCAAAUUUCACUCUUGAGGGUCAUGAGAAGGGUGUCAAUUGUGUAGAUUAUUACCAUGGCGGUGACAAACCGUACUUGAUAUCAGGAGCUGAUGACAGAUAUGUCAAGAUAUGGGAUUAUCAGAACAAGACCUGCGUACAGACCCUGGAGGGUCACACACAGAAUAUCUCCGCGGUGUGUUUCCACCCAGAAUUGCCAAUAGUUCUCACGGCCUCGGAGGACGGUACCGUUAGAAUAUGGCAUGCAGGAACGUACAGACUGGAGUCCUCCCUCAACUACGGCUUCGAAAGAGUAUGGACCAUCGCAUGCAUGCGAGGUUCCAACAACGUCGCCAUCGGAUAUGACGAAGGUAGCGUUAUGGUGAAAGUCGGCCGAGAGGAACCGGCCGUUUCGAUGGAUUCGCUGGGUGGAAAAAUCGUGUGGGCGCGCCACAGCGAGAUUCAGCAAGUGAAUCUGAAGGCGUUAGGCGAAGAAGCGCAGGACGGAGAACGACUGCCAUUAGCCGUCAAGGACAUGGGCGCCUGCGAAAUAUAUCCGCAAACUAUACAGCACAAUCCGAAUGGUCGGUUUCUGGUGGUCUGCGGCGAUGGCGAAUAUAUUAUAUACACGUCGAUGGCAUUGAGGAACAAAGCGUUCGGACAGGCGUCGGAAUUCGUAUGGGCGGCGGACUCUAGCCAAUACGCAGUGAGGGAGAGUAAUACGACAGUUAAGGUCUUCAAAAACUUCAAGGAGAAGAAAAGUUUCAAACCAGACUUUGGAGCGGAUGGUAUCUUUGGCGGAUUUUUACUCGGUGUAUCGUCUGGAUCGGGCCUCUCUUUUUUCGACUGGGACACAUUAAAAUUGGUCCGUCGCAUAGACAUACAACCUACACAUGUAUAUUGGGCCGAGAAUGCCUCACUAGUGGCAUUAGCCACAUCAGAUCAAUAUUUUAUACUGAAGUAUCAUGCGGAUGCUGUUGCUAAUGCCGCGGAAAACACUGAAGAUAUUGAAAAUGCAUUUGAGAUGGUAGCGGAGAUGAGCGAAGUAGUAAAGACCGGCUUGUGGGUCGGUGACUGCUUCAUUUACACUAAUAGCGUCAAUCGUGUUAAUUAUUUCGUCGGCGGCGAAGUGGUCACUGUCUCCCAUCUGGACAGACCAAUGUAUCUACUGGGAUACGUACCGAGAGACAACAGAUUAUAUCUUUGUGACAAAGAAUUGUCUGUCGUCUCGUAUUCUUUACUAUUAUCGGUGUUAGAAUAUCAGACCGCAGUUAUGCGAAAAGAUUUCGAAACUGCCAAUAGAGUAUUACCAACUGUCCCGAAGGAACAUCGAACGCGAGUAGCUCACUUUCUGGAAAAACAGGGCUUCAAAGAACAAGCUCUGGCAGUAUCGACGGAUCCUGAGCAUAGAUUCGAACUAGCGCUUGCGCUGGGAAAUCUCGCGACCGCGCACACUCUCGCCAAGGAGGCGAACAGUCAACAGAAAUGGCGACAAUUGGCUUCUCUCGCAACGCAAAAAGGAAAACUAUGUUUGGCGCAAGAAUGCCUUCAUCAAGCACAAGAUUUCGGUGGCUUGUUAUUACUAGCCACUAGCACAGGAAACGCAGAUAUGAUUCAGAAGCUCGGCACGGUGGCAGACGAAACGGGAAAAAAUAAUAUUUCUUUCUUGUCGAACUUCAUAUUAGGCGAUGUGGACAAGUGUCUCGACAUCCUGAUUAAAACGGACAGAAUUCCUGAGGCUGCGUUCUUUGCUAGGACAUACGCACCUAGUAAAAUCUCGUCCAUUAUCAAACUAUGGAAAGAAAAGCUUUCAGCGGUGAGCGAGAAAGCAGGACAGAGUUUAGCGGAUCCCGAACAGUAUGAGAAUCUUUUCCCCGGAUACAGAGAAGCUUUGAAGGUGGAAAAAUUCCUACGGGAAGAAAGCAAGAAGAAGAUUCCAGCGUCUGCAUUUCCCACUGUCACGCCUAAUAUUGAACGGAAACCAUUGGAGGAGAUGUUGGUUGCCGAGCAAUCGGGCACAUUUCAAUAUAAAGGCAGUGUGAAUAGUCCCUCCGAGACUGAGGAAAAAUUGAUCGACAGAUUGCAAGUUCUUUCAGUAUCAGCGAAGGACAACCUCUUCCUAAAUAAACCAACCACUUCCAUCGUAAAGCAAGAAGUACCUGAGAAAGCAACGACGAAGCCCGCGAGUAGUUCCAGGCCUCUCACAGUGGAUGACGACGAUCUGGACAUCGAUCUAGAAAUUGACGAUAAUAUCGAUACUACUGAUGUCAAUCUCGAUGAUGAUCUUCUCGAGGAGGAUUAACUAUUGAAACGGAAGAUGACAUACAACCAUCGUAUUUUCAUUCUUCUUCUAUCAUCAGUCAUUCCCAGCAAGAAAAGAAGAAAAUGAUGAGAGUUAUUUAGAACCAAGUAUUAAAAUGACAAAAUGAAAUUUAUCUCUGUGCGCAAGUGUGUUUAUAUCACUGUAUAAGUUAACGAAGGUAAUGCAGCGCGAAUUUUGCCGAUUGUCACAGGUAAUUAAAAGUUAAAUAUAUUGUUAACAUAACAAGGGAAGUAUAAUAUGCUUUUAUGUCGCAUUCUC